UUUAAGGAGGGAAGGCUUGGUGGGAUAGCUUUCCCCCAACACCCCCAAUCGGAGCCUGGAAAGGGGAGGAUUUGGGAGACUGGAGAAGGCGAGAGAGGAUGGGGUUAUGAGCCGGGCAGAGAGGGGCACCCGGAGCGAACUCCCCCGAAAGCCGAGGGGGGUGGCGUCCUGGGGCACCCGGGGCGAGGAGGGCGGGCGAGGAGCUCGGCGCACCGGGCAGCCCGGCCGGACAGCCCCGAAGCGGAGCCGUUUCUCUUACCUGCCGCCCGCUUGGGUGCCUGCUGUUUCCUCCUUGGCAUCGCUCUACUUCGCUCCAGUCCCACUUCUGGCGCCCCAGCCCCGAGCCGCGCGCGGGGGCCCGCGGUCUCUCUCGCCUCUCUGGGUCUCCUCCGCCUCCUGCCCGGUGGCUCCUAGGGCGUCACUCGGCCUCUGUCCCCCUGACGAUCCCCCCUGCAACUCCUCCACCACGGGCCAGAGACCCCCCUCUCUGGGUGGCAGACACGGACGGCUGUGCCGGCUGGUUGGAAGUAGAGACUGCCACGUGCAGCACCUCAUUUGGAUGUGUCUGGAGUCUUGGAAGCUUGACUACCCUACGUUCUCCUACAAAUGGACCUUGAGAGCUUGUUUGGAGGUUCUAGCAGGGGAGCUCAGCUACUCGUAUACCCUUGACCGAAGAACGGUCCUCCUCUAUCGGGGAAGGUCGUCCUCUUCGACCGAGCGCACAGCUUCGGGAGGGAUGCACGUGGAGCGGAUCUCUCUCUUCCGGUAACUGUUUUGGGAAAACUUUAAGGUAGCAAUCUCUGGUUAUUUCCUACCCUCCCAUGACACCUGGUAACA